AUGGAUCGACACAAGAAAGCCAACGAUGGCGACGACGUCAACGCCCCUGGAAUCGACAAGACAAUUGCUUCGCGAUCUGUCGACCAGCAAGAAGUCGCGAUCAACGCGUCGGGUCACGUCCAGGAACUUGAGCGAAACUUCAACCUCCUCUCCCUCGCCGGCGUCGGCCUCGUCGUCGGAAACGUCUGGCCCGCCAUCGGCGGCUCCAUCCUCGUCGCCAUCUUCAACGGUGGCCCGCCUGGUGUCCUGUAUGAGUUCAUCGCCGUCUCCGUCUGCUACUGGACGGUCGCUGCCAGCAUCGCCGAGCUAUCGAGCGCCAUCCCUUCAUCCGCAGGCGUCUACCACUGGGCUUCCGUCACGCCCGGCCGGCGAUGGGGUCGCGUCGUCGGGUUCUUCGCUGGCUGGUGGAAUUAUCUAGCAUGGACACUCGGCGCCGCGAGCAUGGCGUCCAUCUUCGGCAACACCGUCGUGCAGAUGUACGCCCUCAAUCACGCCGGUUUUGAAGCGAAACCCUGGCAUGUGUUCGUCGUAUAUCUGAUCGCUACGUGGCUUGCUUGCGCUGUCGUAUGCCUCGCCAACAGCGCCUUGCCUCGAAUCAACGACUUCGGCGUGUUUGCGAUCCUUGCUGGUUUCCUCAUCACUAUCAUUGUCGUGGCCGUUAUGCCCGGCCGUGGCGGACGGCCGCCGCACGCGUCCUCUUCCUUCGUCUGGACCGAGUGGACCGCCGACAUCGGGUAUCCGGAUGGUUUCGUGUUCCUCGCCGGCAUGCUCAACGGCGCUUUCAGCGUCGGGGCCGUUGAUGCCACGACCCAUCUAGCGGAAGAGAUUCCGAAUCCGCAACGCAACGUCCCGAUUGCGCUAGGCCUCCAAAUGAGCAUCGGCUUCACGACGGGUUUCUGUUAUUUGGUCGCCAUCAUGUAUGCCAUCAACGAUUAUGACGCGCUCUUCAGCUCACCCUACCCUAUCGCCGAGAUCUAUCGUCAAGCGACCGGUUCUCCUGCUGGCGCAACCGGGCUGCUUGCCCUUGUACUUAUCUGCAUUGGUCUCACAGUCAUUGGACUUUACAUCACAUGCGGUCGAACCCUAUGGGCUCUCGCCCGCGAUGGCGCGACUCCACGGUCCGACAUCCUCGGCCACAUUAGCCCAAAGCUGGGAAUGCCAAUGUGGUCUACGAUCUCCUCCGCCUUGUUGGUCACUCUUCUUGGUGCUAUCUACGUCGGCAGUACAACGGCUUUCAACGCCUUUGUUGGCAGCUUUAUACUGUUAUCUAGUAGCUCUUAUCUCGCAGCUAUGCUGCCGAAUCUCUUGUCAGGCAGAAAGCGGAUCGCGUAUGGACCAUUUCACAUGCGCGGAUGGGUUGGUUUCGCCAUCAACGGUGUUGCAUGCACCUACAUGUCGGUUUGGUUCGUCAUCUAUAGCUUCCCUUUCGCGCUCCCUACCAAUGCCCAGAGCAUGAACUACGCGUGCCUGAUCUGGGGUGGCCUCACGAUCUUCGUCGGCAUAUGGUGGUUUAUAGGCGCCCGGAAAGGGUAUCAAGGACCAACUACCACUGGGGGCAUUAUCGUUGAGGAAGAGGUUAACACCCGUCAUCACCACUCUAUUUAA